CAAGUCUUCUCUGUCUUCUCAACCAUCAUCAUUCGCAACCAGUAUCUUCACCUUCGUCAAUUGUUAACUGUAUAUCAUUCCAGAAGACGGUAUGAAGCUCUCCUCUCUCGUGGGAAGUGCUGCUGCACUUUCCCUCGCGGGUUUUCCGACCGCACAAGGUGUUCCGGUCGAUGCCAUCGUCCCCCGAGAUUUCAGCGCCGAUCUUCGAAACUUCCAUCAAAUCCAGCAGCUUAUGCACAAUCUCCGCAGCCGCAUUGGAGUACCCUUCUCUGCAAUGCGAAAUGUCGGUCUACAUUUCCACCAAACCCUUGAAGUUAAGCCGCUCGACCUCGUCCUCCUCCCCAGUGGCUAUUGCUUCAGCUGCUCAACCCCGCCACACACAGAGCCCGACCAAUCCAAGCUGCCCAACCCUUUCCACAACGAAAUGGUAGAGCUUGACGAGUCCCAGCUCCUCGUUGCUUGCACGGACAAUACUAGUGAUACCAAACCCGACGAAUGGCCAUUGAUGAAGGCAUGCCCAGGCCAAGAAAAGGUUCUCAGGGACUUCCUCUUCGAUGUAUGCGGCCACGGUAGCCGACUUGCUAUUCCAAAGGGCCGCCUCGAAAAGGCUCCUGUCUUCCAGGUUAAUAAGCGUACCUGCAUGCCAAUGAAUUCAAAGCAAACCACCUGCUCGACAACACCGUCGUCUACAACAGCGCCUUUCACAAUUUCAUCGUCAACCCUUAAAUCCGGGACUGGUAUAUCAAACAAGUCGGGUGACCCGCUACAAGACCUGCUUUCGAGUAUAUACCAACCGAAGAGUCUCCUAGCCACAACAGCAUCACUAGCAACGGCGAGUGCUAAAACAUCGGCCAGUACCAAGACGCCCUCUGCUUCCGCUGCCAGUGCUCCCACCCUGACGAAGCGUGAGGCGACCUCUACCUCCAAGACUGCCUUUCCAUCUCCCCCCAAGCCGACUAAGCUUCCGGCAUUGACCUUGACCAAAAGAAGAAUCUCUGCACCUUCAAACCAUGGCCCCCCAGAUCCAGCGGCCUACGCUGCAUAUGCGAGUGCCGCCACUGUCGCUGGUUUGCAACGCGAGAAAGAUUACUGGAAUGCGAUGCACUCAGCGAAAGCGUCGGAAGCCUCCGCUCGACGUGCCGCUGCCGCCUCUGAGAGUACUUUCUCUGCCAGCCGUGAGAGUCAUCAUGCUGCCGCAUCUGCCAGUGCCAUAGAUGCUUACCACAGUUACAUGCAAACGAUACGGGGUUAUCACUCGUCUCUAAAUACCAUAUCCUCGGCGAGUGUUUCCUUUGCCAGUGCCGCCGCCCUCUCUUCAAGUAAGGAGCACGAGCUUGCUGCCAGGGCGCAAGCACCGGUCCAGGCACCUAGUUCCAUAGUUACCGUUUCCUUCCUUUCAACCAUAACCGAGCAUGCGGUGAUUGUAUCCACCAAAUGGUACCCCAAUGGUGCUACCAUCGUCCCACGCCCUUCAAAGUCGACGAUGAGUCUGGUUGCAAGGGCACCGGCACUGGAAGCUACUCAAGCAGCUGUAUCUACUAGUGGAAUCUCUGGAAUCUCUGCCAGUAGUGCCACUCUCACUUCAACCAAAGCUGACAAGCUUCUGUUCUCGACGCCCGUCUGGCAAGAAUCGGGCCUUGAGGAGAGUUCUGCCGUUUGUUCUUCCAUCCUUCCAACCAUUACCGCGGACAAGGUCAUCGAGGACCGCCACCGGGGACACCAUCAUCACUACACAUAUCGAUUCGGCCCUUGCUUCCACCGCCCGACAUACCCGAGGGAUCCCCUGUGGAGGGAUCCCGACCACACCCCAACAAGGGCUACCCCACCCACAACAAGAACAACAACUGUUGUAAUGACCGCAGGCCCUCAACUCCUCUCUUCCAUUAACUCCAUAUAUCGGCAAUGGGGCGUGCCGACUGUGCGGGAGUUCAAGUACGGGGAGGUGGAAAAAAAGACCUUCGGAAUCCCUUGACAUGUUUCUUGCAAGUUGAACUUUGCAGACCCAGGAUACUCUGCGCUUUUCGUGGAGGACAUAGGUCAGGGGCAUGGGAGACAGGUUGGCUGGUAAAACAAGACGUGAGAUUAAGAUAGUGUUGAAGCUGAACGCUCCCCAAGACAUGCCUACUUUCAACACGUCUGGCCCCCAACUUGGGGAUAUGGGUAUUAGCUUUGGCAGCAGACAAGGUUCCUGAGAGGGUUUGCAUUGUAUUUUUUAAUGGGAAGUCUCUGUUUCGAAAACAACGCAUAGGCGCUACUCAAUAAAACUUCAUUAAAGG